UCAACUAAUUAAUUAUCCUCCAAUAAUUUUUUUUUUAAAUUUAAGAAAAAUAAUAAUAAUAAUGGCUUUCUUCAUGAGACAAUUAAUCGUCGCCGUUCUCAUUAUUCUGUCGGUAGCCGCCGCGGACGCGCAGAAGUGCAAACCCAGCGGCAAAAUCCGAGGAACAAAACCGCCGAAGGACAAAUGCAACAAGGAAAACAACUCCGAAUGCUGCAAACCGGGCAAGAUCUACGACACGUACGAGUGCUCACCGCCGGUGUCAUCGCGGCGGCGGAGGAGGACCAAGGCGGUGCUGACGCUGAACAGCUUCGAGAAGGGCGGGGACGGCGGCGGCAAGUCGGAGUGCGACGACAGCUUCCACUCCGACAAGUCGAAGGUGGUGGCGCUCUCCACGGGGUGGUUCGACCACCUGAGGAGGUGCAACAGGACCGUCACUAUCGAAGGCAACGGGCGGCGCGCGACGGCCAAGGUGGUGGACGAGUGCGACUCUACUGCGGGGUGUGACUCCGACCACGACUACCAACCGCCGUGCCGGAAUAAUAUCGUGGAUGCUUCUCCGGCGGUGUGGGAGGCGUUGGGGGUGCCCGAGAAAGACAGAGGGUCGAUGGAAGUUUUCUGGUCCGAUGGACGGCGUUGAUUCACCGCA